UCGUGUCCUUGUUCCCCCGGGUGGCGACCCGCAGGGCUGCUCGAUCCUCCUGCAAGAAGGCGCCUCGUAUGCCCGGCCCGGAGGCCGGCGAAGGGGCCACGAUGAGCGCCGUGACGCAGAACCUGCUGGAGGUGAUCAAGGCCCUGAAGGGGGCCCGCGGCUUUGACCGCGUCUUGGAAAAGGUGACUCUGGUCUCUGCUGCUCCUGGGAAGGUGGUUUGUGAACUGAAAGUCGAGGAGGAGCACACCAAUAAAAUGGGCACUCUCCAUGGUGGUUUGACAGCCACCUUAGUGGACAACAUAUCAACUCUGGCUCUGCUCUGCACAGACCGGGGAUUGCCUGGAGUGAGUGUGGAUAUGAACAUAACGUACAUGUCUCCUGCUAAAAUUGGAGAAGAUGUAGUGAUCACAGCACAUAUUCUGAAGCAAGGACGAACACUUGCAUUCGCCUCUGUGGAUCUGACCAACAAGUCCAACGGGAAACUGAUCGCACAAGGAAGACAUACAAAGCACCUGGGGAACUGAGACAAGCACCUCCAGCACCCAGUGGCCUGAGAAACCCACUGAUGAAUGCCAGAGUAUGCACUUGAACAGAUUUCAUUUUUCAAAAUAAAUCAGGAGAACCAUAAACAGCGAAGUACUUUCUUUGGGAAAAACAUAGUGAACAAGUUGAGUGCAUGGUGGUGGGUGUCUGACCAUUGGAAGCCUCUUCAGACUUCACAAUUCUGAAACAGCUCUCGGCUCUGGCUCUCCAAGCCCAUGUUCUCCCCUGAAAUCUUAAUCUCUCACGUUUUUGUCUGCUUUUCCACCCUAGAGGAGUGUGUGUUCACGCAAACAUGUACUUCCUCUUUUCUCCCCUCCUUUUUUAGUUGGUUUUGGUGGGAGAGCUGCAUCCAGCAGGGUCAGGGGCUACUCGUGACUGGUCAGAAAUCACUUCUCGCGGGGUUGGAGGACCAUAUGGGAUGCCAGGAAUUGAACCUGGAUCGGCCACAUGCAAGGCAGGUGCUACCCGCUGUACAGUACCAUCUCGCUGGCCCAUCACAUCUGUUUAAGUUUCACUCAAUAAAAACCAUCUUGCUUCACUAGCUCA